AUGCCCGUCGGGGAGAAUACUGGUAGCGGCAAUGCUGGGUCUCACGUCGCUGCUUCAUGGGCCUUGAGCACGAUAGCGGGCCUAACCCUUGUCGCCCGAUACAGCAUCAAGUCCUGGAUCCGCUGGGCCAUCCCCAAGGUCAGCUCCCCGGAGCGCUUAUGGGGCAUCGAAGAUCUAUUCUACCUCCUCAGUUUCAGCUUCGAUUUCACGCAGAUGGUUUUUUUUGACGCAGGGCUUGGGCGCCCCGCAUCGACCUUGGCUCAGCCACAAAUCAGUGACACGUUGAAAUAUGCGUAUAUCGGCCAACUCUUUGAGGUCAUUGCUGUGAUGCUCGCCCGCAUUGGAAUAAUGUAUUUCCUCCUGCGGUGCUUCCACGGGGCUGACAUGCGCCUCCGUGUCGCGAUUAUGAUCUGCAUAGGUGUUCAGAUCAUUGUCAACCUGGCAACGGAUUUGCAGGUUCUUUUGAUGCCAACCGACUUGCGUAAUUCCACUACAUGUGGGGUCCGCACCCGACUGAUGGGAUUGAACACCGCGAUCGAUUUCUUCCUCGCCAUUCUCGCCGGGGUGCAGCUCUGGCGCUUCCCACUGGCGCGGAAAGAUCGCAGUCAAUCGUUCCUUUCGCGCUUCAAGAAGCUUCCUCGGGAGGCGCGCAACCGGCGCUUGCGGCAGACAGCGGCAAUUAGCGGUCCGCUGCUACUCUCCGGGAUUGCAUCUCUGGUCAAGACGACCGUAAGUAGCGUGGGCCUUCCUCGCAGCCAGGCGAAGCUCGUGGCUAACCAGUCGGUCGUGCAGCUACUCCAUACGAUGAAUAGCGUUGAUGACAUGGCUCAUUCGAUUGUGCUGUUCAUUCUAUUAGCGAAAGUCGAGAACGCCUGCCUAUUGGUUGCUCCGUGUGCACCUGUCUUCCGAUUACUGUUUUCGUUGGUAUCAAAGACCGGGGCGCGGAAUCUGGGCUACCCCUGGUAUGGCAAUCAGUCUGGCGCACGCGGCCAAGCGCUGGAGCUGGAGACCGUCCCACAUACUCAAGUGAAGGGAACCGUCGUCAUGUCGACGGUCGACAAAGACACACCACCGGAACAGCCCCCAGCGGGUGAAGCAGUAAUUAUCCGAACGGAUAUCAUGGUGGAAUAUGCCUCGGAACGAACCGCUUAGGUUCGGGAUGCUGUUUGGGUGUGGUGUGGCGUGAC